AUGACACACCGUCGAGGGGCAAGUGCCAGCAUGGCACUGCUACACAGCUUCACCCUUUGGACACUCCUGGUUCUAUACACCAGUUCAGUAUCAGCCACAAGUCUCCCAGGUUUUGGUCUAAAGCUAUACGAUCCUCUCUGCGCCGAAUCCUGUGUUCGCUCCUUCUCUUCUCUCAAGCUUUCAUGCUCUAUCGUCAGCCAGGGCGUACACAAACGAGCCACAAACUCGCAGGUCUUUACCCCACCAAAGUGCAAAGCCAACAAUGAAGCAUUCUUGGCAUCUGUGGCAUCAUGCUUCAACACCAAGUGUUCUGAGGAGAAGAUGUCUAAGCUUGAGGCCUACUGGGAGGAGUCGGUCACUGGCACAAACAAAGUCCCUGCUAAGUGGACUUAUAACGAGGCUCUUGCUGAGGCUCAAGAGCACCCGCUCAAGUAUCAACUGAAGCCUACAGACUUUUCCCUCAACGAGACAUCAAUAGCUGAGCCUACAACUUAUCUCAAACAGUGGAAUCAACUUGGAGGAUACAGGAAUGAGAUGGAAAUCGAAUCAAGAUAUAGUAUCAUCCUUGUCGUCAUUGCACUUGGUCUGCCAAUCGUCAUUACAUGGCUGGGCUACAUGCCCUACAUCCCAACAGUCUACGACAAACUCAAGCCAUUCAUGCUCUACCCCAGCACAAUAGGCACCUACUCUGUCCGACCUCUACCAUUCAAGCUCGGUAACGUCCCAAACAUGGGUCAAGCAGCCUUUAUCGUCAUCUUCGUAUCUCUCACAGUCGUCUUCACCUCCAUCGACUACGACGUCCGUCAGCCUAAUUCCCGCUUCGAAAGCACUAAGCGCGAGCAGUUGGCUUACUUGAUAUACCGCACUGGGUCCUUCGCAUACGCCCUCCUCCCGGUGAUUGUUCUCUUCCCCUCAAGAAACAACAUCCUCCUAUCGCUGUCCAACUGGUCACGAUCAACGUUUAUACUUCUUCACCGCUGGGUUGGACGCAUUUUCACGCUUCUUGCUGUUCUUCAUGCUAUAUUUGCCUUGGCUGCUUCCAAGGACCGAGGCUCUGCUCCUUGGAGAUCAUGGGGUGAUAGUACGGUUAUUCUCUCAGUCAUCACCACUGUUGGAAGUGGUCUGUACUUUCGAAAGGCCCACUAUGAGCUCUUCUUGUUUAUGCAUGUCAUCCUGGCCGUUUUCAUUGUUGUAGGAUGCUGGUACCAUCUCAUCAAGCGUUAUGAGGUUAUCGGCCUAGAUUUCCCUCGCCACUCGUAUGGUCAGGAGAUUUGGCUCUACCUGACCUGCGCUAUCUGGUUCUUUGAGCGUUUUGUGCGAGUCAUUCGUGUUGUCAGACUGGGUAUUCUAAGAUCCAAGGUCAAGGAUAUCGGAUCUGGCUACGUCCGCAUCGACAUCCCUCACGUCCGCUGGGGUUUAGAUCCAGGCAAGCACGUCUUUGUCUAUUUCCCAACUCUAGCUCCGCUUCGACCCUGGGAGAACCACCCCUUCUCAGUCAUUCCCACUGUUGCUCUUCGAAGUCACGGAUCGGCUUCAUCCUCCACAACCCCGGUCUCACCAAGCGGUUCUUCUGGUCUCGAAGACAUGGAGAAGUCAGUGACACAAAUUGGAUCCAGAACCGUGCUACCAUCAGCCGAGAACUCAGCUGGAGUGACCCUUUUCAUCAAAAAGUCGGCAGGUAUCACGAAACAUCUUCAGAGUCACGACAGGCUAUUUACAUUCCUCGAAGGCCCUUACCCCGGUAACGACACGAGGCAGAUCCUCCGUUGCGACAGACUUCUCCUGAUCGCAGGUGGCGUUGGCAUCACGAGUGUUUUCGCUCUGGCCCACAACCACUGGAACGUAAAGCUGGCUUGGGCCGUCAAGGAGGAUGCGCGCUGUCUCGUCAACGAACUGGAACCCGCCAUGGAUGCCAUCAGUACCGCACAGGUGGACGUCAGAGUGGGCUCACGGUUCAAUGUGACUGCUUUGAUCGAAGAGGAGUCUUCUAGAGGAUGGGAAAGAGUUGGAAUCGUGGUUUCAGGACCGGGAUCGCUUUGCGAUGAGGUACGAGCGGUCGUGGCGGGUAUAGCACGGAACUCCCAGACUGUUUUUGAGCUUGAGGUGGAUGCAUACUCUUGGUAG